AUGGACCCUGUCUACCAUUUAAUCUACGAAGGUGAAAUCUAUAGCAUCUCUCCAAGUUAUUAUGAAUCAGUUCUCGAAUACCUUUAUUAUGAUACUCAAAACCGUGAUGAUUCCCAAAAACAUCCACAACAACAAAAUCUAUCGCUCGACCAAUUCAAAGCACGUUACGACUACUUGGCUGAACAACAAUAUCUCUCACAAGUCAUCAAAUUCAAUGAGUUUGUCGAGCGUAGUACAUAUGCAAUUCAUCAAUCUGCCAUAUCUUCACGAUUAGAUAAACUAGUUCCUAAACCAACGUUUUUAUUCACACAUUCACUACUCGAACUCGAUCACUGGUGUAAAGUGGUGGUGCGAGCUGCUGUCCGUAAAACACUAGAAAGCUUAGAUAUAAACCUGGAAGAAUUAGCCAAACACCAAGGAAUCUUUGACAAUCCUGGAAGUUACUACGCACAAUUGGCUGCCCUUACACGUCUUGAAGAGUCCUUUGCAGAAGAAUCACACAUCUGGGAAACCCAAAGAGCUGCCUCUACUGCUGACCAUCUAAGUACACACAAUAAGCUAUCUCCAGAUUCUCCACACUUUGAACGGCCAGCUUCUUUGCAAUCUGGAUCCACAGAAAAUAAACGGAUCGAAGCCUUUUGUAAUAUUGUGACUAUUGGUAUAGAAAAGUUCGAACCUGUUUAUCAUCACCUAGCACACCAUUCUAAAAGACACUUAUAUGUCGAGGCUUUUAAAAAAUGUAAACGUGAUCUUAUUGCUGCCAUUACAAAGUGUAUCCCAGAUUCAGAAAUUGAUACUCGUCCAAAAUCACAUCCAGAGAGAUUCUCAACAGGUUUAGGCUCAUCAUCACCAGUAGUAGUCAAUGCACAGCCUUUCAAACAACAACACACCCAAGCCAAAAGUUGGUCAAACAGUAUAUCGCCAUUGCAAAUUGCACCUCCCAAUUUCAUGGUCAACGGGACUAUACGUUUUGCUGAAUCAUCUAUGCAACGAAAUGAAAAUAAAAGUUCAAUACCCCCUAAAAAUCCCUUUAGUAUUCUCCUUGACCCGGCUUCCCAAACCUCUCUUGCGCAAUUCCUUGAACUUCUCGAAAGUUGUCGUCGUCGUACUCUUGGAGAUAAUAACCCACUCCCACCGGCCUCUUAUUAUUUUGUAGAUGCCGGAUAUCUUCCAGACCCACGUCUUUUGUGCAAGCUUUCUGUUCCUAAAAAAGUUUCUCUCAGACAAACAAUUGAAUUCCAUACAAGGUUAUUGCAAAAGGAAAUCGAGCUUGGGUACUUUAAAAAUGUCCCCAAUAAAUCUUUCCAUAGUAAAAUCAUGUCAGACCUUGAUCUUCCACAACCCCCCAUUUCUUCAAUAACAGGUAUUGCUGACACAGCAGCUGAGUUUAGUGACCCAACAUAUAACCCUUACACAGACCCUUCCAAACUGACAACACUCCACAAUACGGGUUUGCCGGGACUACUACCAGCAGAUACACUUGCACGCAGACGACAGGCAACACACCGUCGCCGGACACAAGAGGCUAAUAUGUAUGGACGUUAUUAUAGUAUGCUGGCAUACGCCGUACGGGUGCACUAUCUCCACCCUACUCUAAGUCCAGACGACACGAACACGCAACCGCGUGACAAUGACUAUGCCCAUGCGCGUGAAAUUGUGAGUUUGCUUGAACGGUAUCUUCUUGAAAAUGAAGGUGUUGAUGGUAAUGGUGGGUUUAGUGGGAUGACGGCUCGUCGGCGUGAGGUGGAUUUUAACAUUGCCCAAAUCUUAGAAGCUCAUGAUUGUGCGUUGGCAGAAGUGACAGCAGGCUGUACGUUACAGUUGCAACAAAUGCAAAGAGAUAACAUGUUACCAACACCAAGACUCCAACCCCAGGCAUCACCUCCAACCAAAGUCUCAGGGGGUGCUUCUCCUGGUCUUAUGCGGCGCCGCAGUAUCCAGAACUUGUUGCAAGGAGUUGCCGGGUGUCUCACAUCGAGCUCGCAUAAUGCAGAAAUAUAUGCUCCAGAAUCGCAAUCGUUACGGUCACCGUAUUAUAGUACUGAUAAAACAAUUGGGUUUGAGUAUGAUGCAAGAGACUCUGUGUAUGGGAAUGGCGAGUACUCUUCACCAAGUAGGUCAGCUCCACAUCCACCACCACCACCGCCACAGAUAUCAUUGCCACGCAGACCACCAACUGCAGAUGAUGAUACUCGGCGACAGACUUUGGUACAAGGACGGUCUACGGGGGCAUUGUUAAGCAAGGGGUUAAAGAAGUUGCGUUCAGAGAAAAGUUCAUCGCGGUUAAAUUCUUUGUUUAAUGGUGGAGAUAAAAAGAGUGGUGGUGGUGGUGGUGGUGGUAGUGAUGGGUAUUAUCAUGAGUAUGGAAUAAGUUCAAAAGUUUAUUGA